AUGGCUGAAUGUCAUAAUCAGUGUGGCUUCUCUUCUUGGUUCGUUCGUGGAGAUCAUCCAUUCACUGCCCCAGACGAGGAAGACAUUGACUAUGGGCUUGUUGAAGUUGUAUCUAUGGUGAAAGAUGUCAAGUUGCCGCCAAAUGCCAAGCAGAUCAAAGCAAGGAAGAUGCUCUCAACUAUCCAGGAAAAGAAGGAGAAAAAGCCUGAAAAGCGGAAACGAAAGACGUUGACGAAGAAGAAUCCUUACGAAGCUCAGCUACAGCGCCAACGUCAGCAGCAGGAACAAGAACAACACCGAACCCUGUAA